AUGCCCAGGAGCCGAAGAGGCAGAAAGUGUGCCUCACCUCGCGUGUCCAUAGCGUCCCAGAAGGGAGCUGAUGCCUUCAAGCAUGCGUGUUUUCGGUUGGGGAGGCAGCCCACCUGCGACGUGCUCGCAGAUUUACGUGACAAUGGUGCCUUGGUGUUGGACGUGCAGCUUUGCCGAGACCUAGAGCCCUUUCUCAUCUUCCUCCGCGAGGCUCCUCUGGGGAUCUACCAGGUAGUUCUCUACGAUGGCUUCUGGUUCUUCGGACAGGAUGACCACUAUCGAGUCAAACUCCAGGCAGCUGCGCAGCGAAUGCCGGAGGGCAUCUUGAAGGACCAGGUGCAGUUGUGGCGCCUCAUGCGGGCACUGGCCGCCUUCUGCUCCUUGCGUGGCCGCGGACUGGCAGUGCUGGAGCUCACAGGCCUCCCGCUGGGCCGCUCUGCCCACCACAACGUCACGGUGCCGCUCUGCCGCUGCUUGGCAGCGGCACCGGCCCUCCAGCGGCUGCACUUGGCGGGCUGCUCUUUGCAAGAUCGUGGGUUAGCUCAGAUUCUGCCAUACUUCGGCACCCGCCUUCCUAAGCUGUCGCACCUCUCUUUGGCGCAGAAUCGUUUACGGGACCUUCAACUGCUUGCCCGCCUUCUGCAUGUACGAGCGCAGUCGCAGCAGAAGCAGCAGGUUGUUCCGCUCAGCGUACUGGACCUCUCAGGCAACCCACUUCUGGGCGCCACUCGCAGUUCGCAAGAUUCAAUGAGAUUCUGGCAUCGACGGGAUCAGCAUGCACCCUUAACAAGGGAAAAUUUGCUUCGUGUCCUAUGUCAAGCUUUGAGAUCGGGCCUCCUCAUCAAAACUAUCCGCCUGAGGUCAAUGGGCCUGCGGCGAGAUGACCUGUGGCCCCUGCUGCAGUUGCUGCGUAGAGAGCUGGCACACGAGUAUGACGGCUACAACCGCCGGUUCCCUCUAGCCGAGCUGAGUUUAGAAGGGAACGAGCUCGACGAACAGUUCCCAGCUGCUAUCUCUAACGCGCUGAGAGAGCUGUCUCCUCCGGUGGGCAUGCGCUGGCCAUACCCAGGACAAGGGUACGAGCCACCAGAAACAUUGCCCGACAUUCCCCCACAGCCUCCACGAGUACUUCGAAUAAUUCGAAAGUCGGAGUCGCUUCCAGACUUGGCAAGUACGGGCAGCGCUGAGAUGCCGGAGCGAGAUGCCUUGAGUGAGGGUGACAUCGAGGACAAUGACGAGAUCGAUAGCUUAAAUCUGCGGUCACGCAGUGAAACUGUGCACCAAUUCCGGGAGGAGCUCAAGAUUCUGUCUGUCAUAUUGGAAGCUCGGGGAGUUCGAGGUUCCGGAGCCAAUCCGAGAGGGCCGAGCCAGACACGCACUGGGCCGUACGAGCGGCAUGAGCGGCAGAGCAUGAGUGAGCCGGUUGCAACCAGAGCUCCCCAGACCCAGUCCAGAGGUUUCGGGCCAAUACGGCAGGCGCUGGCUGAAAACGUUGUGAGCUUGAGCAGUGAGGAAAGCAUAGCUGUGGCCAUUCCAGAUAUGGGUCUGGCGUGUGGCUUUGGUCCCCCAGUGCCUCCCGGUACAUAUUCUUACACGGAGUCCACGGAUUCCGAGAUCCCUGGUGAGCAUCCGGCUGAGUCGAGCGCUGGACCACAGGAUCCAUCUGACUUGCAAAGGCAUGCCAAGAUGCAAGUCCUCCGCAACGUGAUUUCGGAAGGGCGGCAUGCUGACGUACCGAUGGAUCAGAUGAUGCGAUUUGCUUUGGAUCUUGUGAGCUCGGACACUAGCCUCAAUGCCUUAGCAGAGUUGCAAGUGGACAGAGAAUACAGAGAGGGGAUGGACCAUACGGAGCUCUCCUCCAGUCAGCCCUUAGUGCCCGGAGAACGCGGAGAACGCGGAGAACGCGGGAGCUCCCAAACCGAAGGCGACAGGCCACGGCGCUCGCAUUCUGUGUGA